UAUGUCACGAUUACUUGAAACAACCGUAAAGAGCAGAAUGACUGACAUCCCGAUGACGUCAGCGCUCGCAAAUGGGCGGAGUCUUGAGAGCCGCAGGUGGGACGUCAAACUGGACGCUGCUUUCACCCGUAGUUUAGCCGUCGAUUUUUUUUUCUCAUCCUCCGCGAGUGCGUGAGAGGCGCUUCUGGAAGACAUGGGGAAGGUUCAGGAAUUCGAGAUUACUUUCACUAACAACAAAGUGGUCUACAACCCCGGUGAAUCCAUAUCAGGAACUGUGAGAAUUAAAUCAAGCCACUCCUUGCAGUUUAAAGCCAUUAAAGUCUGCUGUGUGGGAUCGUGUGGCAUCUCGUCCAAGCUGAACGAUGCAUCAUGGAUGCUUGAGGAAAAGUACUUGAGCAGCACACUGUCUGUGGCAGAUAAAGGUACUCUGCCACCUGGUGAGCACAGCUUUCCGUUUCAGUUUCUCAUUCCAGCAUCAGUUCCAACCUCGUUCGAAGGCCCGUUUGGGAAGAUUUUGUACAAAAUUCGAGCUUUUAUUGACACGCCGCGGUUCUCAAAGGACUACAAGGCCCAGCGACCCUUCUACCUUCUCAAUGUGCUCAACCUCAACGAGUUGCCAGAUAUAGAGCAACCCAGCUGUGCAGUGACAACGAAAAAGUUUAACUACCUCCUGGUAAAAACAGGCACGCUUAUGCUGAAGGCUUACACUGAUCUAAGAGGAUACACUCCUGGACAGGUCAUCAAACUCUCCGCUGAAAUACAUAACAAGUCUGGUAAAGACACCGGCUAUGUGAUGGCCAGCUUGAUUCAGAGAGUUUCGUAUAAGACUAAGCGUCCAGUUUUUGAUCUGCGGCCCAUAGCAGAGGUGGAGGGAGCAGGAGUGAAGGCAGGCAAACAUGCGGAGUGGAGAGAGCAGAUCAUCGUCCCUCCUCUUCCUCAGUCAGGACUCACCGGCUGCAAUCUCAUAGAUAUUGAGUACUUUAUCCAGGUUUCACUAAAAUCUCCUGAGGCUGCGGUCACGUUACCCAUCUACAUUGGGAACAUUGCUGUAAACUUGACUCCUUCAAUUCCUCACCCUAUGGCUCAUGGUGUCCCGAUGCCCACCGGGCCGAGUCUCAAUCCAGCAGCUGUAGUCCCGAGUGCACCUCCUGUAGAGGACGAGCUGGCAGGACAGCUGGCGGCUGGAGGAGGCGACAGUGAGGAGAUCCCCACCAAGAGCCAUUCUCAGCAGGACCCGUCCGGCGCUCCUCUCUCUGUGGCUCCUUACGGUCAUGCGUCGGGUCCAGUACUGCCACAGAGCCAGCAACAUGUCCAGUCUACAGACGGCUCCGCACUGCUCUUCUGUUUGUCCACAGGAGCCACUAUACCUUUCUUCACUGAUGGGAACGCAACGCCGGUGCCCACGUCCUGUCCACUCAUCCUGCCCCCCGAAUAUAGCACCUGGGAAUACCCACAUGAGCCUCCUCCUACUUACGAGGAAAGCUGCAGUAGCAACAACUCGAGCUUCAACAGUAGCAUGAGGUAGACGUCGACAAUUCAGACGUCCUGCUUCUUCAUUAUGCCAUUCAUAUGCUGCCCCCUGCUGGAUGGUACAGGCAUUGCUGCCACCCUCUCCAUCAACCAAAUAUCCUUAAAACUUUAGGAUAAUUUCCUUACAAUUUGUAGUUAAUCCCCUCAUAUCAUAAUUUCAGCAGAAAACAAGCGGGGAGAAGGUUUCAGUGCCUAAGAAGACGUAGCACUCAACAAAACCCCACUCAGAGAUUUUGCGAAAUAAAUACCAGCAUCUGAAGCAUUUUGAAGUGAAAGUUACACUUUUUCAUUCAACCAAGCCUGGCCUUAUGUGAAGUUCAUCAGAGAAUGUGCUUAGUAAAAUAAUUCUGCCUGACCGGGGGAAUAAAUCAAACGGAUAUGAUUCUGGCAUGAUUUACGCAAGCAGCGGUGGCUCUGAACCAAAACACUGGGCCGCAGAAAACGUUACUCUGCAAAGAACAAGUUUAUUUAUUAAAGGUGAUUGAUGGGACUUUUUAACUCAUCACCAAACAGACACUGUGUGGAUACAGCUUGGAAAUACCAAUGUAGUCGCCAUCAUGGGCACAUAAGUCGUUAUCGCUUGGCCGAAUGGUAGCCGAGGUCCCUUGAAGAAUGCUUAAGGGAACAAUAUAUUCCAUCGUUUCUGAAUGAAAACUACUUUUCCUGCCUGUCGAGGGAUUUUCAAAGCAAACAUCAGACUGCUGACUCAUUUCUGUUAUCAUAUUUUACACCAAACAAAAACAAUAUACUCAUCUUUUUUCUUUUUUAGAUCUCACAGUUCCACCCUGGAGUUAUUAUACAGCCAAUAGUCCUGUUUUUCAGAGUUUGCAUCAUGUCAAUGCUGGUAAAAUGGAAAGAUAUCAGUAAUGUGCAUCAUCUGAAAUCUAAUUUUAUUUGAAAUCAAUAAUGAAUUGACUUCUUGUUGAUCAUUUGGAAAAGUGACAGAAGGUAGAUUUUACAGAUGAAUCACCUAUUAAACUGCAGCUCAAUCAUCACAAAUACUGCAGAGGACCUACUGGAACGCGCAUGGACCCAAGAUUUUCACAGAAAUCAGUCAAGUUUGGUGAAGGAAGAAUCAUAGUUAA